AUGGCCCCAUUCGGAGGACGUGGUCAAUCUAGCGGAGGGUAUGGUAGUCGAGGCGGAGGAGGAGGCCGGGGCGGUGGUGGUUUUAGGGGUGGAGGAAGGGGAGGCAGGGGUGGGUUCAGGGGUGGGAGGGAUAAUGGGCCAAAGUUGCCGGCAGAGCUGCUUGAGCAGGUAGACGCCAAGUAUGGUUCUGGAGGUAAGAGAGAUAUCUCGCGGAAGGAGAAACGCAAAGCAGCUAGAGACGAUAAGCGCGGACCUGCCCAGCGACCUCGACGUGCACCUCCAUCAGAAGGCGAAGAAGAAGAGGAGGAAGAGCGACCACCAGCAAAGAAAGCCAAGACUGCCCCUCCUCCCGCAUCAUCGAAAGGCAAGGAGAAGGAAGGGGAGAAAAAGGAGAAGAAGAAGAAGCUCCCCGAGCUGACCUUGCCGGGGACGGACACGAACAAUGAUGUGGAGGAUAAGGAGAUUGAGUGGUUGGAGUACAUGCUGAAGAAGGAGAAGAAGCCGAAAGACGAAGAUGACUUGGAAGAUGGGCUGGAUGAUUUGCUGGACUUUACCGAAGGGCUGGGUCGGAAGGGAAGUACUGCCAAGGGGUCAGUGCUUGAAGAAAGCGAUGACGGUUUCGAUUCCGACGAGGACGAGGAAGAGAUGGUUGAUCUAGACGAGGAGGAAGAGGAUGAGGAUCAGCAGAGCCUCCAAGAAUCGGAGGAUGAAGGAGAAUUCCAAGGGUUCGGGGAUAGCGACGACGCUGCUUCAGAACCAGGACUCGAAGACAAAGACGAAUCACCACCCCAAAACCCCAUCGACCCCAAAGCCGAAGAAGCCGCUUCAGACGACCAGCCCGCCCCCACCAAAUACAUUCCUCCCCAUCUCCGAGCUGCCCAACUCGCCGAGAAAGCCAAAGGCGACAAGGCCAAGAUUGAGGCUCGUCUCAAGCUUGAGAGGAAGGCGCAGGGUCUGUUGAAUAAGUUGAGUGAACAGAAUUUGGAAUCUAUCCUCGGGGAGAUUGAGGGGUUGUAUAGGGAUAACAGCCGUAACGAUACGACCACGACCCUCACGGACUUGGUUAUUCAGAUGAUAUCAAACAAGGCCAACUUGCUCGACUCUUUCGUCGUCCUCUACGCCACUUUGGUCGGUGCCCUCCACCGUAUUAUCGGUAUCGAAUUCGGCGCCCAUUUCACCCACACGCUCGUCAUGAAAUACAUCCACGCCUUGUCCUCCUCUUCCUCUUCUUCCGACGGCACCACAGAGCCCAAGGAGAGCACUAUCCAAGCAACCCUCUACGAAACGCCUGAUGCGGGCAAAGAAGCGCUCAAUCUGUUGACGUUGAUUGCGGAGCUGUAUAAUGCGCAGGUGGUGGGGUCGAGGUUGAUUUAUGAUCUUGUGAGGGGUUUUAUUGAUAGUGAAGGGAAAGAGGGCGAGGUGAUGGGUGAACGUGAGGUUGAGGGGCUGCUGAAAGUGUUGAGAUGUUCCGGCAGCCAACUCCGAUCCGACGAUCCCUCAAGUCUCAAAGACAUUGUCAACCUCGUUCAAGCCAAGACGAAAGGUAAAGAAAAGACCAUGACGGCCCGUGCGCGCUUCAUGGUCGAGACGCUCGUCAACGUUAAUAAACAUGGCAAGGUGAGAGCUGGGGCGGAGGGGGAGGCGGGGAAUGAAGCUGCGCAGAGGAUGAAAAAGUUUUUGUCUGGUUUGGGCAAGAAACGGAGAUUACUUACGUAUGAGCCGUUAAGAGUGUCUCUCUCCGACUUGACGUCUGCGGAUAAGAAGGGUAAAUGGUGGUUGGUCGGCGCUGGGUGGUCUGGAAACCCCCUGGUCGAUUUGGAACAGCAGCGCGAGGAAGCGCGAGCGGGCAAAAAGACAAAGAAGAGUGCAAAGGGCCAAGAUGCGGAGAAGGAUAAUGAAGCGGCGUUGUUGGAGCUUGCGAGGAAGCAGGGGAUGAAUACGGAUGUUCGUCGGGGAGUGUUUGUGGUGCUCAUGACGAGUGAAGAUUACGCCCAUGCUUGUGACCGACUCAGUCACUUUAAGCUAAGUGACGUCCAACAGCGAGAGUUUGUUCGCGUGGCGAUGCACUGCUGUGGACUGGAACCGACAUACAACCCCUACUACACCCUGAUCCUCAACCACCUCUGCGCCAACUCUUACGACCACCGUUUCACAUUCCAAUACGCCCUGUGGGACUUUAUGCGCGAGCUCGAGAAUGGCAGCAGCGUCCCGAAACAGAAGCUCGGCAACGUGGCGCGCGCCGUCGCAUACGUCGUCGCCCGGGGAGGGGUGGAUCUGACAGUAUUCAAAGCUAUCGAUUUCACCGCCCUCUCCAAACCUCUCACCAGAUUUCUCAUCACCUUCUUACCCUUCUUCCUCAUCGCCCUCCAGUCCAUCUCGCCGAUAUUCAACCUCCCCAAGGCGUUCAAGCAGGUGGAGUUUGAUGAGGAGAUUGUGAAGGAGAGGUUUGAAAAAGUGUUGAGUAAUCCCGAGUUGGCGGGGGGGUGGUUGUGGGUGUUGGAUCGGGAGAUGAAGAAUGGGGGGAAGUGGGAGGGGGAGGUGGGAGGUGUGAGGGAGAGGGAGGUUGUGAUGAAGGGGGUGGAGAUUGCCAAGGGUGUCUUGGGGGCGGCGGUGUGA